CCCGCCCUUCAUCCGGCACUGUCGCGCCGCCCGCCAGGCCGCCCGUCGCGAUACACGCACAUCGGACAUGUGCGUUCUAAUUACUUACUAAUUCCUCGUUUGACAAAUAGCUCCUUUGGUGACACAAUAUUUCGUGAUCAGGUGAAAUUUGCGGAUAACAGCUGCUCUGAGGUGUACGAGCGGAGAGAUUGAUUUCCGCGCAAUGUGGACGUACAUCAUUGCAGCGGCACGUCGCGACACUCGUCAAUCUAUAAACACACGUAAACGAAACACCUCGUCUAACACAUUAGACGACCAACCCUACUCAUACCGGGAUGGAAAACCGUUCACGUUAACUUAUUCGGGUCCACCAUAUCCUGGACCCUCCUGUUCUCAUAACCGGACCAAGACUCGUGUCAAACGGCACUAUUCACGAUCAGAAACCUCUGCUUCCCCGAAGACUUUGAGCCCGCUCCAGCUACGGGCUCAAUAUAAACGACACCUAGAAGAAACUGUAGAACCAUUUGACGAGGCGGCCAAUGAAGAUAACACUAGUAGUAACUGGAUGCAGAGACAAUUUUCAAAAGUAACUCGAAAUCUUCGUUAUCGUAUCAGUGGAGAAGGCAACUCCAAAACACCAGAUUGGUUUCUAGAUAAGUUUGCAGCGCAGACAUUCACUGAUCCAGAAGAGCCAUUGUACCAAGCCAAGCGAUCCAAACUAUUAUGUGGACUGAAACUUGCAUUCGACCCUACUCUCCCGGGGCAUUACCAUUGGCUGGCGGUGGUGUCGUUAGCUAUUUUGUACAACAUGGUUUUUGUCAUUGGGCGAGCUGUCUUCUGGGAACUGGAUAAACUAACAGUCCUGUGGUUUGUGCUGGACUACCUCUGUGAUGCUAUUUAUGUGUUUGAUACUAUCGUGCACAUUCAUGAAGGUUACCUUGAACAAGGUCUUAUGGUAAAGGAUCCAAAAAUGCUCAGGAAACAUUAUUUAAAAUCAGUAUCGUGGCGAUACGACUUAAUAUCAUUGUUGCCUACUGACUUAGCCUACUACUGGUGGAUUCCUGGAACUUGUGAUGCUAACUGUUUGCCGUGCCCUGUUAUUGUACGACUCAAUCGACUAUUUCGCCUGCCUCGAAUGUGGGAGUGGUUUGAUCGCACUGAGACUGCCACUAGCUAUCCAAAUGCGUUCAGGAUUUGUAAGGUUGUUAUGGCAAUCCUUGUCCUGAUUCAUUGGAAUGCAUGUUUGUAUUUCGCUAUAAGCUAUGCAAUUGGGUUCGGAACAGACAACUGGGUUUAUAAUAUCACAGGAGCUCGCAAUGAAACAUUAGCACAUCAGUACAUUUACAGUUUCUAUUGGUCCACUCUGACUUUGACCACUAUUGGAGAAACCCCACAGCCAGAAAUUGAUGCCGAAUACUUAUUUGUCGUAGCAGAUUUCUUAGCGGGUGUUUUAAUUUUCGCUACUAUUGUUGGAAAUAUUGGAUCAAUGAUUUCGAACAUGAAUGUUGCUAGAGUGGAGUUUCAAAACAAAAUGGAUGGUGUUAAACAAUAUAUGGCUUUUAGAAAAGUUAGCGGUGAACUGGAAGCCCGAGUGAUUCGUUGGUUCGCUUACACUUGGGCACAAAGUGGAGCAUUAGAUGAAGAAAAUGUGUUAUCGUCUUUGCCUGAUAAGCUUAAAGCGGAAAUCGCAAUACGUGUUCACUUGGAUACGUUGCGUAAAGUGAGAAUAUUUCAAGAUUGCGAACCUGGGUUACUUGAAGCACUAGUGCUUAAACUUAAACUUCAAGUUUUUAGUCCUGGGGAUUAUAUCUGCCGCAAAGGCGAUGUUGGGAAAGAAAUGUAUAUAGUUAAACGUGGCAGACUUCAAGUUGUAGCUGAUGAUGGAAAAACUGUAUUAGCUACUUUGAGCGCUGGCUCUGUCUUUGGAGAAGUGAGUGUUCUCGAAAUAGCCGGUAAUCGGACGGGUAACAGAAGGACGGCUAAUGUGAGAGCUUUGGGCUAUUCAGACUUGUUUUGCUUAGCAAAAAGAGAUCUUUGGGAAGCACUUGCUGACUAUCCAGAUGCCAGAGCAACACUCACUGAACGUGGAUGUCAGUUAUUAAGGAAGGAUGGAUUGCUUGAUGAAGCCGUUUUCGAAAAUGCGCAAACAACUCAACAAAGCAUGGAGGAAACUGUGCAUAAAUUGGAAACUACCGUUGAUAUGUUGAAUAAUCGCUUACAAGGACUUCUUACUGACGUCGGAGAAGAACAAGCUAAAAUAAAACAAAGAAUUAGUAAGAUAGAGCUAAGGUGCGUAUCAUGUCUACAAAAUCACAAUUUAAGGUUUAUGGACACGGAAGAUGAAAAUACUGAUUCUGACGACUUAACAUCGUUGGCAGCGUCCGAUUUGAGGAGUGAUGUUGGUGGUUACAGUGAGCUACCGAUGAUAUCGGCUUACAACACUUCCAUGCAUCUGUUGACUCAUCCUAUGCCCGUGCGUGAACGUGGCCACUCACUAAGUGUUGAGAGAUCAUCUGGCUUGCUGAAUCGAGCUCCGGAGCCACGUAGCAAAUCUCUUCGUUUGAAACGAAUCCACAAAGAUACUUCUAAAUAAACAAACCUAAUUGUAAGUAUCGGUAGAGAAUGUUGAUAAGUUUUUAAGGAAUAGUUAUCAACCAGUGAGGUGAAAUGUCCAAAAUUGUAAAAUGUGAUUAUUUUUGAUACCGCCAGUGGGGUUUAUAUUGUUAUACAUUUUGAUAUAGAAAUCCAAAUCAAGAGGAUUACCCCAAAAUGAUGUGCAGUUCUUCUUAUGUAAUAUUUCUUUAAGAAUGUAAUCACUGCAUUAAUAAUGGUUGUUGUGGAACAAUAUAGAAACUAGUGUCAAUGGAAAGUGGCUUUACAGAUACGUUUCAAAUAUUUGUAAGCACGCACAUUUUUUGUGUUCUAAGAUUAAUUAAAAUGUAUUAUGGUUAUCCGAUUUAUAUUUAUGUAUUAUAGGUACUUACUUAGUACUCGUAAAAUAGAUUUAUGGAAAUAUCACAAUUUAUUCAAAUUAUCGAUUGAGACUUUAAAUAUUUUAGUUCUAAGGGAUGCCAUAUGGAAUAAAAAAAAUCGUUUUAUCAAAUCAUGCAAAUGAUGUUUUGAUAGGUGCCUACUUUUUAAAUAAUUAUACAAGUAGACGACCUAAUGCAUAUUAUAUGUGUCAACACGUUAUAUUGUUGGCAAAUAUUAAGUAUACCUACAUAAAUAUGUAUGUAUCUAUUUACCGAUAAUUUUGUAUAUUAUGUUUUGUUACAGUAGACCGUUGUCGACUGUCUAAAAAUGUUUUAAAAAAAUAAAACAACAAUAAUAUAAAGUUUUAUUGAUUAAUGACACAAAAGCACAAAAAUCGAUGAGUUUCACGUAUACCCGGUAUACCUAUAAAACUUUACUUUUGAUCAAAAUGAACAAGCCACGCAUUUUAUCAUAAAUUUGAUUAACCCAAUCGAGUGCCUCUCGACAGAUAUCAACGUUAUUAGUCUAUAUUUGUGGAUUUGUCAUCGAUUGCUUACGAGCAAUCGAUGAAUAUGUAUCUAGGUAUUCAGUAAAUAAUAACCUUACGUUUUAAUCAAAUAAAUAUGUAACGUUCAGUUCGCAAGCAUUUAUAUUGUGUAGCUGUUGUUAAAUAAGACACCUCUGAUGAUAUUAUAAAAACUUAAUUUUAAUAAAUUGUGUACCAGUAAUUAAUUUAUGUUGAUAUUUCAAGACUCUGUAAGAAUUUGUAGGUUUUUGUAAUUAAAAUAAUAAAGAUAUAAAAAGAGUGUAUCCAAA